AUGAAGUUAAUUGUGGCAUUCCUAUGCUUAUUCAUGGCAUUAGUCAACUGUUUACCAGCAGUUUCCCCAGUUGAAGGAAGUGAUUUUGAUUUUGAUUCCAAUUUAGAAUCCCAGAUUAAUACUUUCGUGGAAUCAAAUUUUGAUGGCAAGGCAUUAGAAUUAUAUCAUGAAGUAGUCAAUGCUUACAAAAGUUAUUCAGAAAGCCAAGAAGACAAGAAAUUGAUUAAACGUGAUUCAGCUCUUGAAGCUCAACUUGAAGCAGCCAUCUUAAUGGUUAACAAUUCAGGAAUUAUUUGGGAUAUCUUGGAUGCCGUUGCGGAUAAUCCAACUAGAAUUCAAUCAUUGAGCAAUUUAACAACUACUUUCUUGAAGAAUCAAAAUAUUAGCAUUAGUGUUUCUAGUUUACUUCUGUCAUCUAGUUCUUUGUCCAGUAAAGUUAAUCUCACAGGUCUUAUUACUGCUGUUGAACAAUCUGGUUUGGUAACUUCCAUUUUGGAUGGUAUCUUGCUUGAUACCAACUUUAGACCUCACUUGGUUGAAUUGAUUUACAGUGUUGUCUGGUCUCAAAGAGAUAUUUUAUUGUAUUUGUUUGCCAUGCUUCAAAAAAGAGAUGGUAUGAUCGUCGAAGAUGACUUGUAUGAAUUACUCGGUAAACGUGCUGAUGACAAUAGUGGAUCUUUACUUGCAUUUGCUAAUAAUGCUAUUGGAACUAUUCUUUCUUCUCCAUUGGUUGCUAGUGUUACUGCUGACUUCUUGAAUGCUUUGAAUGACACCGGUGUUGCUGUUUACACUAUUCAAAGAUUCCUUUCUACUGAAUCAUAUCUCAACAUGACUGGAUAUUUGAUUAAAAAUAUUUUAUCCUCUUCAAGUGUUCAAAUUAGUACUGGUGGUUUAAAUCUCACUAGUUUGGUUGGUAUUGCUUUGAGUAAUCCAAAACAAGUUGCUUCAUUAGUUGGAUCAUUAUUAGAUGGUGACACUUCUCAAUUCCUGGGAUAUCUUGGUAAAUAUGCCAGUGCUGUCGGAUCAAUUAUCAAGGAUUUAGAAAAAACUGGACUUUUUGCUCAAUUAAAUAGUUAUAUUUUUGGUGAUGAAAUAACCACUACUACUGCUGCUGCUGCUUCAACUUCAGGUUCAAAUAAUGAUAGAAAAGAUAUACUUACUACAAGUGGAUCUGGUAACUCGACAGCAAGUGCAACUACAAGAGAAUCAAGUACUGCUACUAAUGCUGCUGCUUCUGUUUCCAAUUUCUUUACUAGUUCUGAUUCCAACACUUCAGUUCUUAAAGCAUUGGUUGCCAUUAUUGGUGGAGCCUUGUUCACGCUUUAG